AUGAGUGAAGGUUAUGCUGAUGGCCUCACAUUCUUCCUUGCUGAGGAUAAAUAUUCGAUAAAUUACGGGGGAGCCAUGGGGCUACCGUUUGAUGUAGCAGCCAACGAAUCUAGAUACCCAUUUGUUGCCGUGGAGUUUGAUACUUAUUGCAACUACGAGUGGGAUCCAAGCAAUACACCAUUUGGGAUAGAGUGUACAGCUUUGAUUGAGUAUUAUUCUGACUCGCAAAAUCUUAGAGUUUCCUUCACCGGUUUUGAAGAAAAGUCAGAUGUAUUAGAAUCUAGACUUGAAUACACCAUUGAUCUAAGGGAUUGGUUGCCCGAAUGGGUAAUUUUUGGGUUCUCAGCCUCAACCGGAAAUGGGUCUGAGAUAAACAAUGUAAGAUCUUGGAUGUUUAAUAGUACCGAAUUAGAAGUUGACCAAGGUAAUGCGUUCUCACCAACCGCGAGCCUGCAGAUCAAUGAAGUGAAAGGGAAACCUAAGACGGGGCUUAUAGUGGGUUUAAUAGCUGGAACGGCUAUUCUAGUUACUGUUUUGGCUAUUCUGGCAUAUCUUUUAUGGUGGAGGAAGAAAAACAAUGCUCAGUCAACUGAUGACUUUGAAGAGACCAAGAAACUUGGAGAAGGCGGUUUUGGCGAAGUUUACAAAGGUAUACUGAAAGAUUCAAGCACAUACAUUGCAGUCAAAAGGGUGUCGAAGAAUUCCAAACAAGGGCCAAAAGAGUACGCAUCCGAAGUAAAGAUCAUUAGCCGAUUAAGACACAGAAAUUUGGUGCAACUCACCGGUUGGUGUCAUGAGAAUGGAGAACUACUGGUUGUUUAUGAGUUUCUGGAAAACGGAAGCUUAGAUUUACAUUUGUUUAAAGGAAAGAGCUUGUUGACAUGGAAUACAAGGUACAAAAUUGCCCAUGGUCUGGUUUCCGCUUUGCUAUAUUUGCAUGAAGGAUGGGAGCAAUGUGUUUUGCACAGAGAUAUCAAAUUGAGUAAUGUAUUCUUGGACUCAAAUUUCAAUGCCAAGCUUGGUGAUUUUGGGUUAGCUAAGUUGGUUGACCAUGAGAAUGGCACUCAGACUACGACGUGUGCCGGAACUAUUGGUUACAUGGCCCCUGAAUAUUUAGUGAGUGACAAGGCUAGCAAAGAAUCAGAUGUCUUUAGCUUUGGAGUUGUUGCAUUGGAGAUAUCGUGUGGGAGAAAAGCCAUUGACUCAAAUGCUCAAGAAAGGAAAAAAUCGUUAGUAGAAUGGGUGUGGGAUCUUUAUGGUACCGGGACUCUUCUAGAAGCAGCAGAUCCGCGUCUAAACUCAGAUUUUUCAGAAGAAAUCAAGCGUCUUAUGAUCGUAGGUUUAUGGUGUGCACCUCUUGACUCAAAUCUACGCCCGUCGAUGAAGCAAGCCAUUCAAGUAUUGAAUUCUGAUGCUCCCCUCCCUGUACUCCCAUCAGAGAUGCCGAAGGUGACAUAUUCUACAUCGGCACCCACUUCUUCCUCAUAUGGUGGUACCUCUAGCAGUAUUGGCUCAAGCAAGCUUUUCUAAAAUUCACAUCUUCAACAACUACUUCUCAGUAUCCAUAUGUAUUCAAUAUUGAUCUGUCAUGUUCAUUUGAUUUGAAUUCUUGUAUGUCAUUUCACGUAAGUGUUUUUAGUAUAUGAAUCAAAGUUGGGAUUUUAUGUCA